GGCAGCUCGGCCCGCAAGCCCGCCGACCGCCUGUACCUCUGCCCUGCGCUGCUCCGACCAGGGCUGGGGCUGGCCCGUAGUCCCGAGUCCUCGCCUGUCCCUCCACUCCCCACCCCUGGCUGCAGCGCUCUGCUGUCUCGGCCGGUCCCCGACUUCCACCUCCCACGUUAACUGCCUGCUCCGGGAUCUGCCCCCGACCCGCUGUCCUCUGCCGCGCCCGCCCCGCCGGGGGCCCUGUCCCUGAGCCCCGACCCCAUGGCGCUGCAGGCGCUGCAGAGCUCGGGGGUGGCCUUCCGCAAGAUCCUGUCUCACUUCCCCGAGGAGCUGAGCCUGGCUUUCGCCUACGGCUCCGGGGUGUACCGCCAGGUGGGGCCCAGUUCAGACCAGAAGAAUGCCAUGCUGGACUUUGUGUUCGCAGUAGAUGACCCCAUUGCCUGGCAUUCAAAGAACCUGAAAAAAAAUUGGAACCAUUACUCGUUCCUGAAAGUUUUGGGGCCCAAGUUUAUCACCGCUGUCCAGAAUAACUAUGGUGCUGGCGUCUACUAUAAUACGCUGAUCACGUGUGAUGGAAGGCUUAUCAAAUAUGGGGUCAUUAGCACUAGUAUUUUGAUUGAAGAUCUCCUCAACUGGAAUAACUUAUACAUUGCUGGACGACUCCAGAAACCGGUGAAAAUCAUCGCAAUGAAUGAGAAUGUUGCUCUUAGGUCAGCCCUCGAUAAAAAUCUGAAGAGCGCUGUGACCACGGCUUUCCUGAUGCUCCCUGAAAGCUUUUCUGAAGAAGACCUCUUUAUAGAGAUUGCCGGACUCUCUUACUCAGGCGACUUUCGGAUGGUGGUUGGAGAGGAUAAGACAAAAGUGUUGAAUAUCGUGAAGCCCAACAUAGCCCACUUCCGCGAGCUCUACGACAGCACGCUGCAGGAGAAUCCCCAGGUGGUGUAUAAAGUCCAGCAAGGCCGACUGGAGAUAGAUAAAAGCCCAGAAGGACAAUUCACUCAGCUAAUGACAUUGCCCAGAACUUUACAGCAACAAAUAAAUCAUAUUAUGGACCCUCCUGGAAAAAAUAGAGACGUGGAAGAAACUUUAUUACAAGUUGCUCAUGACCCGGACUGUGGAGAGGUGGUGCGACAAGGACUUUCAGCAAUUGUGAGACCUUCUAGCAUGAAACAGAGCACCAAAGGCAUUUUCACUGCCGGCAUGAAGAAAACAGUGAUUUAUAGUUCACUAAAACUACACAAAAUGUGGAAAGGAUGGCUGAGGAAAACAUCCUGAUUUUGCUCACUUGUAUAUAUACAUUAUGUGUGGUUGAAUAAAGUGAUCCUUUUCAACAGA